AUAAUCACUGUGAUGAUUGAUGAUACGCCAUAAAUUAGAUAACAUUAGUAAUUACGUACAUUUAUUGUUCCUUUAAAAACAAUGUCUAAUAAUAAUGAAACAAUUAGUGAUAAUGAGUUGGAGACCAGUGGAACUACAAAUACCAUUAGUGAGCUACCUGGUAGACCAUUUAAGAUUACGAUGGAAGUGCCUUUAUUCUUAACAUUAAUGGGCAUAGCUCUUUCAGGCACUGCUAUUAAUAACAUUCUAUUAUAUCGUACUUGCGUACAUACUCUUAACUAUACUAAAGACGAAUGCAAAGGAUUUCUACUACCAGACAAAACAAAUGACACUCGCAAGCUGGAGGAGGAAGUCCAGAAAUAUGCAACAUUUAUUUCAAUGGUGAGGACAGUCAUAGAGGCCCUAGUUCCCGCUGUCCUCUCACUAUUUCUAGGUGUAUGGUCAGAUACUCAUGGCCGGAAACCGUUAGUUGUCUGGCCAUUGCUUGGCUUAACGGUGACAUCAAUGUGUACAGUGGUGUACAGUAUGUUGGAUGACUAUGGCCCGUGGUGGUUCAUAUUGGUGGUGCUUCCAUUUUCCUUCACAGGAGGAUUCACUGUGUUGAUAACAGGAGCAUAUUGUUAUAUCAGUGACAUUACUACGACAGACACGAGAUCACUUAGAAUGACAGUGGUCGAGGCGGCGAUAUCAGCCGGGAGCAUCGUAGGUUCUAUAAUGAGUUCCUAUAUCCUCGGCUACGUGGGAAAUGUGUACUUACUACUUAUCGUAACGGCUCUGUAUGUAGCCGGGUAUGCUUUCACGAAUGUUUGCUUAAUUGAGUCUUUAACAGGGGCAAUACAGGGAGGACUAUGCUCUGUCCUAGAUUUUCUUCUAGUCAAAGAAAUGGUGACCGAAUGUUUUAAGCGCCGACCGAACCACGGAAGAGCCAAGAUAUUCCUUCUCACACUAGCAAAUACAUUUACAAUUUUUAUACUCUAUGGGGCGUCUAGCUUAGAUUACCUGUAUACAAGAGAGAAGUUACAUUGGGCGAUGAAGGAAUAUACUCUAUUUAGUGCGGCAAAUACUUUAAUAGCCUUCUUGGGAUCUAUUUUGGGAAUAUACAUUUUUCAACGUGCCCUUGGCUUGGGGGAUGUGCCGCUGGCAAUCGUGUCGUUUAUUUCUUCGGUGAUAGAUUGCUUAAUAAAGACGUUUGCAGUAACUACAUGGCACAUGUAUCUUACAUCAGUGUCUUUCGUGAGAGUCAUAUCGGCUCCGCUGAUACGAUCUUUCUUGUCAAAAAUGGUGCCGCUAGAGGACAUAGCGAAGGUGUUCGCGCUUCUCUGCACUAUGGAGUCGGUGUGCCCGAUCAUAGCGCCGUUGAUAUAUAAUACACUCUACAAUUUAACAAUACACGAUUUUCCGGGCGCUUUUUAUUUAUUGAGCGCCGCCAUUAAUGCAGUGUGCGUUGUUAUGCUAGGGUUCGUCAUGUAUUACGAAUCGGAUGCAACACCAUACCAACCAUUACAAGUUUCGCUGUAAUUUUGAGCUCCUGCCAGACAUCUAGUUCGUUUUUAAAGGAACCCCACGUGCAUUAUUGUGCCGCGAGCGCGAGCGAACUCUACUGCUCGCAGCUUAACAACUUAAAAUAUUGCAAUGGGUCCAUAUUGGGUUGCAUAGUAAUCGAUUGUCCUAAUGUAAUGUUACGCAUAAAACUCAUUUCGCAUAAUUGUUAUUGUGCUGGAAAUAUUAACAUUUCUGAAAAAUUAUAACGCAAACCUAACCUACCCUAUUCUUUAGGUACAACCUAUGCAAAAUAUUUUAGAAAAUACUUUCUGUUUCAGCUGGAGAAAAAAUAUGCGAAAAGAGUUUUAUGCGUAACAUUAGCAUUUAUGACAAUCAAUUAUUAUGCGACGAGAUAUGAUCCCUAUUGCAAUGCCGCGCAAGAUUUUUGACCAAUCACAGCGUUUAAAUAGCGGGAAAGAGUACCUACUGGGUAAUAUAGGGCGGGGUACCUAUAUUAAAUAAUAUUUAUUUUAUGAU